AUGAUGAACAGCCCGCUCACCUACGAAACAUUUUACACGAAUUCGCCAUUUUCUUCCGCCACUGACACUUCUGAAAGCUUGGUGCAUACACCGUCCUCGGGAGAAGAGCACACGCCUCCGCAUUGUAAUAAAAACGAAUUGGAAUCCGUUGCGGACCGCGCCAAUCAUUGCGGCGCCUAUUUUGCAGCGCUCGACAGCCAAGGCCGGACGGCAAAUUCUCAAACUCGUCCACCAGAACGGUUUCACUCGGUUGGACAAACUUAUCCCGCCGUUCAAGAUCAUACUUAUCAAUCGCCGCAACAUCAGAACGUAUACUAUUGUUACCCGCAAGGUCAACAACAGCAACAGCAGCAUCUCCAAAGACAUCCAGAAGCCACAACUUCUGCUGGAAACCCACGUUUGCCGGCUAUUGAUAAUUUCAUGAAGGAAAUCCAGGUCAAAGAAGAGUUUGCUGAAUAUUACGGUGCGUUCACUUUCCCGAUUGUCUUAUUACUUCCCGCACCAAACCAAACAAUGAGUGAAUAUCGCGUCGAGAAAGUUGGAAACCCUUUAACUGACCCAUAUUUGCAUUUGGAGCAGCCCAUAUAUGCAGACUUCACUAAUGCGCUAAACCAGCAAGAGGUACUUAAUAUGAAUUUCCAAAACAAUUUAGCUUCAAACUAUAUGGGAACCCAAAUGGCACAGCCACCGACAGUUCAGUUCAAUUUGUUCGACUUGCAGAACCUAACCAACUUUCAUACGUUCAACCAGGCAUGCGAUACUGCAAUUCCAUUGAUGCACCAGUCGCCGUCUCAUCCAACAGCGACCACUUACGGAAUGGGUGCGCAUUCAAACUUUACACCACCACCACAAGAUCCAUUGGUACCAGAGCAGAAGCCGAUCAAAAAGCGAAUGGCGGCAGUGCAAUGUCAUCAGAACUCAAUUUGCUCAAACUGCAAAACUCGUGAGACAACACUAUGGAGACGCAAUGGGGAAGGUGGCGUGGAGUGCAAUGCUUGCAAUCUAUAUUUCCGAAAGAACAACCGCAAGCGUCCACUGUCAUUGCGUAAGGACGGAAUUAUGAAGAGAAAUCGUCGUCCACGAAACGAAUCGCCAACAGGCUCGCUGAGACGCACUGGGCAUACAGCUGCCUGUUAA